GGCGUAGCGCUAGCAGAGGCGGCUGUGGCGGGGAGCCGCGGUGGCUGUGGCGGUCGUGCGAGGAGAGGGCAGGCAGUGCGAGCGGGGCCGGGCAGGAACCGGGCCGGGACCGGGCCGCAGGCUGACCCGAAGACCUGUAUCAAGGAGUUGCACAAGAGGAGGAGAUAGAAACUGGAAGCUCUCUGAAUGUGCUGCCCGCAGACUUAAGGCUUCUUUGGAGACUCAAGAUGCCUUCCCACAAGAGAUGCUUUCUGGAGGGGUUGUGCUGAAGACGGAGCACUGCAGCCUCUAACUGGGACAGCUCCUGCUGGUCUGGAGCUGAGACCAACUUCUCUCCCUCCCUUUUCCCUUGGAGAUGUUGCAGAGAUUUAAUCUGACCUCUUCCUCCUCACCUGAAGCCUGCCGUGGCGAUGAUCCCACAGCCAGAUCCGACCACCAAAGAGAAGAGAAUUGUGUGUUUGAAGCUGGGCCGUCGUUGUAACUGAACUGGAAUUUACUCCCUGCUUGCGCUCCUGGAACGAGUGCCGUUCCUCUGCUUGUCUGUGUGUGUUUUGAGCCGCUCCUCCCUGAUCUUAUUUGGAAUUCCUGGGCUUUCCACGCUGAAUUUGCCCAUGGCUUUCCUGAUGAAGAAGAAGAAAUUCAAGUUUCAAACAAGUUUCACUCUAGAAGAGCUGACUGCUGUCCCCUUUGUGAAUGGGGUUCUGUUCUGCAAAAUCAGGCUGCUAGAUGGAGGAGACUUUGCUAGCUUAUCUACCAGAGAGGAAGUUCAGGAAAACUGUGUCCGCUGGAAAAAGAAAUUCACCUUUGUGUGUAAAAUGAGUGCCAACCCAGCCACAGGACUCCUGGACCCCUGCAUCUGCCGAGUAUCUGUCCGUAAGGAGCUGAAGGGCGGAAAAACCUACUCAAAGCUGGGCUUUGCUGAUCUAAAUCUGGCAGAAUUUGCGGGCUCUGGAUCCACUGUCCGUUGCUGCUUGCUGGAGGGAUAUGAUACUAAGAACACCCGACAGGACAACUCCAUCCUAAAGGUCACGAUCGGCAUGUCCCUGCUCUCGGGGGACCCCUGCUUCAAAACGCCUCCUUCCACCGCCAAAUCCAUCACCAUACCGGGACAGGACUCUACCCUGCAGCUGACCUGUAAGGGUGAGGGAACCACAAGCAGCAGCAGCAGCAGUUCAGCCACGAUUGGCUCUCUGCGUCAGACCAAGCCAAGAACUGCCAUUCUCAGCUCGGGUGUCCCAGAAGAACCGGAUCAGAACCUGUCCAGCCCAGAGGAAGUCUUCCACUCGGGGCACUCGCGGAACUCCAGCUACGCCAGCCAGCAGUCCAAGAUCUCUGGUUACAGCACAGAGCACUCCCGUUCUUCUAGUAUGUCCGACUUGACCCAUCGCCGGAAUACCUCCACCAGCAGCAGUGCGUCCGGAGGGCUGAGUAUGACGGUGGAGUGUCCUGAGGGAGAGCGGGACCACAAACUAGAGAAGCCACCUCGCCCCCCUAGACCAGCCCUUCUACUGGAUAGACCCUCCCGGAGGAAAAAGGAUUCAGUGGAGAGUCACCCAACCCGAGUGGAUGACACCAGGAUCGAUGCUGAUGAUAUAGUGGAGAAAAUAAUGCAGAGUCAGGACUUCACAGAUGUCAGCAAUACUGAAGACAGUAACCUGAGGUUGUUUGUGAGCAGAGAUGGAACAACUACACUGAGUGGUAUUCAGCUGGGAAACAGGGUCUCCUCUGGAGUUUACGAGCCAGUGGUGAUUGAAACCCACUAAAUGUGAAGAACAGGGUAGAGCUGCUGGAAACAGGCCCCCUACCCAGUUCGCUGCCACAUGGAUGCCAACCUUUACCUCUCUUCAUGCAGCAUUCCAGAAGGGAUUUCUCCACGCCCCUCCCCAUACAUUUGCACUGCGGAACUAAUCCGAGACCACUCCAGAUCAUGCACUUUCCCUGCGUUGGCAUUACCCUUCUCUGCUUCCCGGUUCUUCCAGUGCCUGCCUUCCCCCUGUUUCUGAUCAGACGCGAGGUGUCUGUUGGGCUUAUCCUUAGUCCUAGAGGAUGUUGCUCAUCUGCAUCCCUCACUCCACCCAUUCACUUGCAACAGGGGACUUCUCAGCUUCUGUCUCCCCAAAACAUUGGGUUAUACCACUGUGAACUCUUCACACCACUGGGGGAGGGGGAAACCAUUCUAACCAAACUGAGAGCUGCUUGUUGGUGACAUGGUGAAACGGCCACUUGCAGGAUGCUUUAUUCCAUUGACUCUGCAAGGGAACAUCACCUUCCGAGGCAACGGUUUUACUGAACAAGGUAUGCUGUGGUGUGCACUUCACCUUCCUACCCUCAAAACCCCAAACGUCCUCUUCUCAUAGGAAAUAUCUCCCAAAAGUGCAUUUCAGAAAACUACCGCCAUCCAGAUGGGAGUUGAUAAACGGUUAAAUGCUAGUGCUUGUUAUACCACUAACUGCAUUACGCCCUUCCACUGCUGGGCAUGGAAGGGCAGUGUUCGUCUAUUAGCAUUAGCAGGAGCACUUUAGAGAUUCCAGAUUUUACCUGGAGGAGGCUUCUAGUUGCUGUUCCAGGAGCAUAAUCCCUGUUCACUGGACUGAUUCAGCAAAUAGUCAGUGUUGGAGCUUGGAAUACAAAGCCUCUUUUUUUUUUUGGCUCAGGAAGGGAACUGCCCUUCUUGGACUGUGAAAAGAAUCUGGUUAUCUGAUAGCCCUCCCCUGGGCCAGAGCAGGAUGCGGUUGACUGCAGUGGUCUCUCCGUUGUGGUGGUGAUUAUCAGUUGCCUCUCUUGGCCUGGGCCAGUAAGGGAGUUGGUGUUGGUUGGCCUUUCUUGCCCUGUCAGCAGGGAUCUGCGCCUGAGCUGGUUCCUUUUGGGGCUGGGGAGAAGCCACUGUCUCUGUCUUCAAAGGCAGAAUGGGUGUUUUCUGGUGCGUUAGCCACAGCAGCCGUUCUUACCUGCUCCGUGGCAAGUGAACUCUUCUGACAAGGCUUCAAACUGUUUUCUGGUUGAUCUUUCAAUUGCUCUUCUUUGGGUUUGGUUUCUGCAGUUGUUUGACACUUUAGCUGCCUCUUCUUCUUGCAGUGUGUAGCAGAGAUGUUGGUCCCUUUCAGCUCCCACUUAUAGAUUCUCCUGGCAGCUGAAUUGCAAACGAGGAUCUAUGCAGACUCCAGCCGUGGGCCGUCACCAGGCUGUGCUUGCAGCCCUUCCUGUACAGAGACUCUCAGCCGAUAAGCUAUUUCUGUGUAGUGCCCUUUCCUCUUUUGCCGGUGUACUGUAGUAGCACUCAGCGGCCGUGCACUCGGAGCAAUGGCACGCUCCCGGGCAUGGCUGGGAACAUGCCCUCCUCUGACACACGUGUGCGUGCACACACACAGGCACACACUUGUCCCAUUCAGCAAGGAAGGGCUUGUAACUGAUCACGUUGUUGUUCAAAUUCUUAGUUAUUGUAAAGCCUUUUUUUAAAGGAGAAAAAAAAAAAAAAAGGAUUAAUUGUGGUCUCUGUGGCCAGAAUGCAUGCAGAUGAGCUACUGGAAAGGGGAAUUUGGCAGAAUGAGAAACAAGGAAUGAAAGGGCCUUGAUUUAUAUUUUUUUUCGCCCUGCUAGCUAAGGAUGGCUGCAUAGGGAGGGUGCUAGGCAGUGUGGCAAAGCUAUACAGCUGCUUACUCUGUUUUGACGGUUUCUCUCUUCGAGUCAAGAUGGUUUUUUCUGUAUUUGGACAGACCACAUACAGGAUAUGGAUCUUUUUCACCCUUUCCCUUCAAAGGGAAUUACAUUUGGAUUAGGGUAGGAAGAGGGUACAGACAACACCUUGGUUUGCUUUAAUGUAGGGAAAAAGUAUUGGAUCUUUUGAGUCUGUCUAGAACAAAAGCUCUUUCACACUUGCUGGUGUUUUUUAAUGGUGAUCUUCAUUCAGUCUGGGUAGUUUUGGCACUCGCUAGCAGGCUGGUGAGCAUCCUGCCCUGUUCCUGGGAUGCUGCGUGUCUGCAGGAAGGGGAGAACUGCUUGCUUUUCUCUCUCCCUGCGGCUCUGCCAGAAAGCCGGGCCUGGCCUGACCCUCUGCUCAGGUCAGGGUGAGGGCAGAACCAGGCUCAGGCAGCAGUGGGUGUUCCUGCCCUGUCUGCGGAUGGCCGUGCGGAGCUGGGGGUCAGGCUGCUCCCCAGCACAGAGCACCCCAGGGGCCAGCGAAGCCCCUCGGGAAAUCGGGUCCAACCAGGACUUGAAAGGAGCAAACAUAAGCCAGGAAAGAGGCCAAAACCCAGCUCAAUUCUGCUGCUUUGCUUCUGUUCCCAUGAAAAACAAUGGCAGUCACUGUCAGAGCAGUUGGGAACCCAGGGCUUUCUUCUGGGCUCCCACUGGCAAGAGUCGGCUGCUCCGAGGCGCUGGCAGCUCGGCAUGUCACGAAAUCCCCAGUGGGACAGAGGGAGGAAUCUCUUCCCAGCGAAGCAAGAGGAGAAGCAGUUGAGCUUUUCAGAAAGCUGGUCUCAUCUUCCCAGGCUGGCAGAGGUGUAACCUGCUCCAUCGCAUAGCUGUGGCCAACCUGGGCAUGUCUCUGGCUUCUCUUCCAGCGGCUUGGCACAUCACUGCUUGCGUUUUUGAUAACUGUGUCUCAUAGGGUAUCUUUUCCUUGUCUCCACGUUAUUAUUGACUCCACAGAUCCUGGUCUUUAUGUAGCUUUUUAGCUCUCCUACCCCUUUUUUUGAAUAAGAAAGCAGCUCUAGUCAUUCAGCCUGGUGCAGCACAGCCAGGGCUGGAGCACCCAGAGCAGACCCGGAGGGAGGAAGGAGCAGUCUGUUCCUAUUUCUAGAUCCCACGCAGAGCUCCCACUGUGCGUCCAUCACGAGCGAUGCCCGGCGGUCCCUGGCCGGUGGUGGGUGUACGAGGCGGUGGUGAUGGAAGUGGGGUCGCGUCUCCCGCAGACUCGCUGCCGUCUCUGGGGAAGCUGCGUCUCGCGAGCACUUUUUUCCUUGUGGCAUCGCUGCCGUCUGUUCCUUGUUGGACUUUGAACAUUUAAGAAGUGAAUCAGUUUCCAGACCCAAACCGCUGGCUAGUUUCCUUUGGGUUUUUUUUUCUGUUGUGAAGUUUAUUGAAUUUUUUUUUUUUUUGUAAACCCAGCAGGCUGGUGUUUUUUUGACUGCAUUAUUGUUUCAUUGAUAUUUUAUUCCUGAGGGGCUGAGGGGGGGAUGUUCUUCCCCACAUUGUUCCCCUUCUCAGGGGAUUCAGAGGUGGCUUAAACAAGUAAAAGGACCUUAUUGGCAAGACUCUGCAUCCCCUGGGUUUCUGAUGCGGGUGAGCAGGGCUGCUCAUGCCUGGCUGACCCUGGAGAGCAGAGCUGGCUCUCUGCUCCAGUCUCGGGGCCAGGCAAAACGUGUGGGCUCUGCUCUCCCAGUUUCUGGACCUUUAGUUGGUGGAGGCCCAUUGGAAAGAGUUGAGAAAUUCAAUGUAACUUUUUUACUAACUUUUUUUUUUAAAAACAGUAUAAACUAAGUGAAUGUCCAGAAGAAUAGGCUUAGUUGUGACUUGGUGAAGGAAAUGGGUUUCAGUUGGAAAUUGUGAUGGAAAAAGGGGGAGAAGGAUGUUGCUCCUCCAUCUUCUUCUUUUGUAUGGUCAGCACUUUAAAUGGGGGCCUUCGUGCUGUCCUGACCCUCGGUGCGAUGGGCAGCAGGGGUGUGAUCGCUCCCCCGCCUCAUUGCCACAUCACUUUGCCCCCUGCAGAAAGUUAAUAAGCCCUUUUAAGUGUUUGCUUCAGUUUUUAGAGGGUUCCGAACCAGGCUGAGACCUGAAGAAUACGUACUUCAUUCUCAUCUUAAUAGGAGGGGUUGACUUUUUAUUUAUUUUGUCGUUGCUAUUUCUUUUUAAACUGGUGGCUGUGCAGCUGGACUCUGCACGCGCUGUUGUGAACCUCUGGGAAAACCUCACUCCAGGUACGCUAGAGCACCUAGGUUAAACACCCCUCCUGGAGAGGGGGUCCCCCCCCGCUCCCCUCCUCGCUGCCUUACCCGGGAGCUGCAAAUUCACCCUCCACCCCUCCUGCCCCGUCCCCUGCCACCCCACCUAGUCUCUAGCUGAAUGAGUUCUUGCUCCGGUGACUGAGCCCUGUGGACAAGGCUGGUCCCCAGGGGCAAGUUCCUACAAACACUGCCUGGUCGCAGGUGUUUGUCCUCGAAAAGCCACUUCCUCGCCAGGGGGGAGGGUGAUGAACGCAAAAUUCGCCCCCCACCCCGCUUCCCUCCCGAGAGCUGCGUCGCCCGUCAGCCCACCCGCGCCACCCGAGCCCCAUGCCCUCCGCAGCCCCGCGUUGCAUCGCCCCUGCCCCGUCGGGAGGGAGCGGACGCGGGAACCUGGGAAAUAAAAAAGGAAUUUGGAUGAAGCUGUGAGCGAGAGGUGUGGCUGAGCCUCGUAACUUGCCUCAAACACAAGGUGUAACGGUAGAGCCCGUAUUUUU